UAAGAUAAUUUAAUAUUUGAGCCGAUAAUAGACAACAGCCAAAUGGGUAACUUGGGAUCCACAUUAAAAAGGUUCACACAUCUCCUCUAAACUGAAGAGCAAUCCGCUCGCGAGAUCCCAUAAUGGAAGAAUUAAAACCCUCCACUGUAAUCAUGGCCGCCCUCUCCACCCUCUCUUCGCCGCAUCUCUCCGAUCUCUCCCACUCCAUUUUCUCCGACGUCCACACCAGCCGCCGUCGCCUCACCUUCAUCCUCUCUUCCCCAACCCUCUUCUCCUUCACUCUCCGCCACCUCAAUUCCCUUUCCCUUUCCCACAAAUCUCUCCUCAUCGCCCGCUUCCUUCUCUCAGCCCUCCGCCGUCUCUCCCGUCCCUUCCAGACGCCGUCGAAGUCCUUCCCCCACCACCCUUCUACCGCCGCCGUUACCCCUCGCGACCUCGACGCCGCCGUCCUCCUCCUCCUUCUCUGCGAUGUACGCCAGCAUAAUCCGGCCGCCCUCGAAACUCCGAUCACCCAAUGGCGAUCGACCCUCUGUCGAAUCUACUCCGAUUCCCUCUUGACGAUCUCUGGCAUCGCCACCGGCGGCGCCGGGGCCUUUAUUCCGUAUAUUGAGACGGUGGCCAGGUGCUGGAAAUUCGUGGGAUUUGUUGUGAGCCGCAACGGCGGAAAGGCCCGGAGAGAGGUGGCGGCGUCGCCUGUCGCAGUGGUGGAGUUGCCGUCGGUGGCGGUGGGCGGCUGUAUGGCGGUGGAAUGUGUGAUUUGUAAAGAGGAGAUGAAUGAAGGGAGAGACGCGUGUCAAUUGCCUUGUGAGCACUUAUUCCAUUGGCUCUGUAUUCUGCCAUGGCUGAGGAAGAGGAACACGUGUCCCUGUUGCAGGUUUCAGCUUCCCACAGAUGACAUCUUCGGCGAGAUCCAACGGCUCUGGGACAUCCUCGUCAAGGUGGGCUCCUCAUCUGAUGGAGAUUAACGGUCAAGAUUGAACCGUUCUACGGAAGUAUCACAGAACCAGAUGCAGGGAUUUGAUUAACACGUUUAGGCUAGUUCACACGUGCGGAGGAAAACUAGAGGCCUGUAUGGUAUGAACCACAAAGGGUCGCCGUUAGGGGAAGGGGAGAAGAUGGGGUUUGAUAACGACACGUGUGGUUCACCUAAGGACGAAAAACGAUCAAAUGAGAUUUUUUGUUUUUUAGGGUUUAGGAAUAGAGGGAAGAUUGCUUGUGAAUAAGCAUUUUUGUAUUUUGUUUUGUAGCGUUCAUUCAUUGUUUUUGCUUUGUUUUUGUUGUACAGAAUAUUUUAGAACUGUAUAGUUGAUUUUUACAAAUUAAUAUUUUAUUUUAUCAAUUCA